CGCUGAAAUGCCGUGGAAUCGGCCCAGUAUGUCUGAAGGAUAUGGGGAUUUGAGAGAUUGACGUCUGGCAGUCGACACAAGGCGAAUUGAUGAAGACGAAGAUGAUGAUGAUGAUGGAUGACGAAGGCUCCUUUACCAGCUCUGGGCUCCAAUCAACAGAUGCGAACCCGGACUCAAUCGCCCCCACCCUCCUUGGUCAGCUUUCGAGCACUGGCAAGCCGAUCCAUUCAUUCUUCCAAUCGACGAGCGCAAGCACAGAGGCCAACGCCGCAGCUGGACCUUCGACAGGAUCUGCAAAUAGCGGAUCAGGCGAGAAAGUCAAGAGGAAGCGUAAAAAGGUGGACGAUGUGGCUCAAGGCUUGAUCAGUCGUUCAUCUAGCGGUUGGUCCAUCGCCAGGCGGAACGAAGGGACAUCAACGACGACGUCUGACGCCGAGACGGGUGGAAAGGAUGGUGGAGAGAACUCGAUCCUGGAGGACGGUACGAGGGGUGCAUCGAAUGGCCGUGGGAAGGGGAGAGCUCGGAGCAGGCGUAAAGUAGGAAUCGGCGUAAGGCGACGAGGGCAGCAAACGUCUGACACAGGGGUUAUUCACAGAGAUAGUAGCUAUAUUGGGGAUGGAUCUCCUGAUCCUCUUCAAAGUCCGAAUCCAUCGGUCUCCACUACACCCCAUCAAUCUCCACGCAAACGUAAAGGCGCCGGUGCCCCUCGACCCACCAAUAAAGAGAUCAUCAAUCUCGUCUCCUCUGAUCACCACGAUAUACCCCAGUCCUCAUCACAUCCGUCAGCACUCUCCGUCUCAAAGAUCAAGGCUAAAGCUCUCACUCGGACCCUAUCUGCGAAUUCGACGUCAUCAUCCAAAGGAGCCAAAGGGGAUCCCAUCAACGUCGACGAACUGACCGUACCGAGUGGUCCGAAGAAGAUUGUGUUCGCAGCGGAUCAGAAAGCAGCCCAUUCAUUCUUCCAUCGACGAGCAGCCGAAGCUGUGGGACCACCGAACGGAUCGACACCGAUACAAGAAACACAAGCGAGUCUGAGCUCUAAAGGUAGACCGGUCCAUGGGUUCUUCUCGAACGGACUAGGGGCUGGCGGAUCAGUACCUGGGCAAUUGAGAGACGGCUGGGGACAUGGAGUGAAGAUUGGCGGCGAAUGGGUGGCACCACUGCCGGGGGGACAGUGUCCGACACACAUUGGAGCUGCUGAGUUCAGCUCGGCAGGGCCGUCUAAACGUCCAACACGAGCGAAAUCAUCCAUCUUUGAACAUCCUUCAGAAAAGAACGGCUUUUGGCUAAAGAAAUGCUCUUCGAUUCUCUCCUCUGAUACUCCGCAUCUCGAAUUGGGCGUUUCGUCCGUUUCCACCAAGCCCUCCACACCUCCAUUCAUCACCCUUCAUCCCGCUAUCCAAUCUCUCUUUUCACGGCACAUCAACUCCCGGGAAGCAUGGGCUGAUCAGUUCGCUCCUCUUUCAGCCUCCCAAGUCUUAGGCAACGAGACGGAAUCAACUUAUCUCUUAGAAUGGCUACGAGCGCUCUCAGUCGGGACAGGCUCCAGCGCUUCAACCCGACGUCGGAUUUUUCGUAAAGUCUCACGGACAAAAGCGUUGGACGGGUGGAUAGUCGACGAUGCUGGAUUAUUCGGCGAACCAUUCGGAACAGAGGACGAACUGGAGGCUUAUGAGGACUUUUACGAACCCCCUCUGGUGUUGGACGAGCGACCGAUAGGUUAUCCAGCUCUCGAUGAUCGACUCGCUGGGUGUAUACUGCUGAGUGGGCCGAAUGGAGCGGGGAAAUCGGCUGCCGUUUACGCCGUCGCGAGAGAAUUAGGAUGGGAAGUAUUCGAGGUGAAUCCUGGGAUGGGAAAGAGGACAGGAGCAGGUUUGAUGAGUUGGAUAGGGGACGUAGGGAAGAAUCAUUUGGUACAGCAGUCUUCAAAGGAGACAGUGGGAAGUGGAUGCGUCGAAGGUCAAUCCAAGAUUUGGUCGAUGGACAACUCGCCAAGGAAGAAUCACCACGGACAUCGGCGGACGACGAGUGGAGAGUAUCGGCAGUCAUUGAUCUUAAUUGAAGAGGCAGACAUACUGUUUCAAGAGGAACAAACGUUUUGGCCGACAAUUGUUUCACUCGUAGCGGGAUCCAGGCGGCCGGUCAUCCUGACAUGUAAUGACCCAUCCCGUAUACCUAUCGAUACCUUGCCUCUCCAGACCGUACUGUAUUUUCAACCACCGCCCUCCUACCUCGCUAUUCCGUUCCUCGAGACAUUGGCUCAGCAAUAUGGAAUCUCUCCGAAUCGAGCUGUCGACCUUUACCACGGAUGUUGCGUUUCAAGCUGUGGCGUCGUCAAUCAUUUGGAUCAACCUCUCCCGCCAAACGGUAGCGAACCUAUCAAGAGAUUCGACCUGAGACGAGCGAUCAAUCAACUCCAAUUCGACCGAAAGGUCUGCCGUUCAUCGAAGCGACAGCCACAGGACGAUCUGGACGAGUUUCGACGAAUCGAAGUAUUGUCCUUCUGCGAUGCGUUCGUUGGUCCUCGAGGAUCGCAUGUGUUAGAGACGGAACUAAUUGAUCGGCACCGACCAAACACCGAUGAUGAAUUGGGCGUUCAUCAACUCGUCAAACCGUGGAUUAAGGACUCGGUUCCCGUAUUGAUAGGCUUCGACAAGGCUACAGAGAUUGAAGCUUAUCUGAUGGAUCUGGUUGGAGGUCCACCACCUCCUUCAGACCUCGAGGAACAAAGGGCAUACUAUAUUCGAGCUCUACUUCCAUUCCUUGAUCCCUUGAUCCCAUUAUCUGCCCCUCUCCUCCCUCGAUCAUCGUUGUUUCUCGAGACGGUACCCAUGAUACAGGCAAUUACGGCUGCGGAAGACAUACUGGAACAAGAAGAAGACUUAGCAGCGGCUCUGGGCCAAAGUCGAGUCAGUAAGAAAACCGGAAGACCUAGACGAAGUACGGGCCCUGGACAGGGAGGGUAUGAACGGUGGUUCGAGUUGGACGUGGCGGCUCUCAAGGCUGUGAGAGAUUCCUUAUGGACGUCGUGACUCGUUGCGGAGAGAAGUGAGAUAUACGUAUGGACGAAAUGAAGGACAUGCGUCCAAUACAUGUAGCGUACUCAAUAUCGAGAUACAUAUCAUUACACAUACAAAGAGAUACA